GGGAAGACUAUAAGGACAGACAACUGCAUCCAACGCUCCUGAAGAAAAUGACUCUACCUUUGAAGUGUGUUUUAUAUGCUUUUAUGCUGGGCCUAGCCAGCAGCCUGGAGUGUUACCACUUUAAGGGGCCAGUGGACCAGGCUCUAGAAAAACAGGAGGCCAAAAAGUGUGAAAUCAACCAUCACCACUGCAAGUCUUCACUUCUCACAAUCACUGGUAUGCUGAAGGGGAAGGUUCUGGUGAAGGGAUGCGCCAAAAAAUCGGAUGAAUAUUGCGACAAGAACCAUACCUUAUCCGAGAAAGAUAUUCAGACCACAGAGACUAUUAUGUGCUGUGAAGGAGAUCUGUGCAACAAGGACCUAGUACCAGUUUCAGAUGCGGAAUCUCAGAAAUGGGGUGUAGACUGCCUGGCGUGUAAUGGAGCCCCUCCGGCUUGUGGUGGUGACGAUUUGCCAUCUGUGCAAUGUGACUCUGCUGAGAAUCAAUGUAUCCAAGUCUCCAUCACAACAGCCCUCAGCCAAGACAGUCAUCAGACCCUGAUAAAAGGUUGCACUAACAGCUCUGUCUGCCCCAAACUCAGCGCAUUCAGCAAUGGCCAAAAACCUGUGUCCUACUCGUCCUUCCCGCAGUGCUGCCAGGGCACCCAAUGUAACUCCGGAUACUUCACAGUAACAGACCCCGGAGCGGAGAAUGGGUUGGAGUGUUACAGCCGCUCCUCUCCAGACAGUGCGAGCAGCAUGAAGUGCAGAGGAGAGAUGACCCAGUGCGUGGAUCUGAUCGGUGACUCGAACGACAAUGUUGUGAUGAGUGGAUGUGCGACGGAGACAUUCUGCCAAGACUUGUACCCAAAAUUCAAGAUUCCGGGAUGGUCACGUACAGUGUGUUGUGCCACAUCACUGUGUAACCAUGGUAAUAACACAGCUCACCACAAGUAAUUGACACAGAAAUUGAUCAGGUAGUUGCACAACUGUGUUGCGGUUGGACCUGACAUUCUCAGACAAAUGUUCCUGAGAUGUGGAAGGCUGGAAGCACUUAAAAGAAAAUACUUAUUUUUUUUCUUGCAUUUUUAUUUUAUCUUUCUAUAUGUUUUUUUCUCAAAAAUUUCCAUAAAAACGUGCAAUUCAUAUUCAAAGAUUC